UCUCGGGGUUCAGGACAAGGCACUACUCUCUCCAAUCUCCAUCUCAAAACCAUCUCAAAAUUCUCUCUCCUCGCCGCCCAAACGCAAACCCUAGCCCUCGCUCCAGCUCGCCGUCGGGAUGUCCGCCAGGUUGCUGAGGCGAGUCCUCCAGGAGCGGGAGGCCGCCCCUCAGGACCCCAACCUCGUCGUCGAUGAACAGCCGGAGGAGGAGGAGGCCUCUCCUCCCCGCGCCGCCGCGCGGAAUCUCUUCGAUCUCCUCGACGACGACGGCGACGACGACGAAGAAUUAGACAAGGAAGAUGAAGCGGAAAGAAGUCAACCUGAUAGUUAUACAGAACAGAAACAUUCUGUGAAAAAGAAGCCUACGAACAUUGUUCCUGAUACAAACAAGAAAUCAAAGAAAAAGAAGAAAAAAGGCAAGGCAGAACCAUCACCAACUAAGUUGAAGGACGAGCAGUCACUGGAUUCAAUUCUGGAAGCUCUAUCUAUUGAAAAGAAGCCCAUGCAACAACGAGUUCAUCAAACUGAUAGAACAGCUGGAAAGGAAAUUGAAAGAAAUGAUACCACUUAUGGGGCGUCCUCAAUUCUUGCAAUUGAUCCCAAACAUCUAAAGGGUGAAAAUGAGAUGAGACGCAUUUUUGGAUCAAAAGUAGUGGAUUCAUUUGAAAAUCAACGGAAUGUACCUAGCAGUUCGAGGCAAGUACGUGGUGUUAGGCGUGUUGCCCAUAAUCCAAGAAGGACUCUUCUUGUAUCUCCACCUAGCUACUGGCCACCAUGGGACAAGUCGAUGUCAAUGGAUCUUCUUGAGACGAAGAGUGGUUUGAAUUAUUUCAGGUACGUAUAUGAUUCUUCUGUCAGCCAUGUGCAGGAAUUAUUUGAAGCUGCCAAAUCAGCCAAUGAUCUCAAUGCUAUUGCGGCUAUGUUAGGAAAAUAUCCAUAUCAUCCAGAAUCAUUGUUGACAUUUGCUGAACUUUUCAAAUAUUCUGGAGAACAUCAAUCAUCAGCAGAUACAGUUGAGAAGUGUCUAUUUGCAUUAGAGUGUGCUUGGCAUCCUUUAUUUAGCCCACUGCAGGGUAGCUACCAGUUGAAAUACAGCCAUGGCACAAAUAAGCCCUUUUUCACAGCACUCUUUAGUCACAUGAAAAAUUUGGAUAGGCGUGGCUGCCACCGGUCUGCUUUAGAGGUCUGCAAGUUUCUGUUAUCACUAGAUUCUGACGAUCCAAAGGGUGCUUUGUUUUGCAUUGAUUACUUUGCUCUAAGAUCACAACAGUACAAAUGGUUGGAACAAUUUGCAGAACAGUACCAGUGCGAUAGCUCUCUGUGGUUAUUCCCAAAUUUCUCGUUUUCUCUUGCUAUUGCACGGUUUUACCUUGAGCGUGAUGCAGCAUAUGAGGAGGGUUCUGAUCAUGCUGACAAGUCAACAUCUGUUGAUCUGAUGAAGCAAGCUCUGAUGCUUCAUCCUUUGGUGAUUCGCAAGGUAGUUGACAAGGCUCCUCUGAAAGACUCGUCAUGGACUCAAAUACUCAGAAAUGUGUUCUUUGGAUCAGCAAAACCAGGAAGCCCUUCACUCGAGCAUAUGAUUGACAUAUAUGUUGAACGCCAUCAUAUCAUGUGGAGGUUCCCAGAACUGCAGAACUUACUGAAAGAGGGUGCACUUUUGGUGAUUGAGUCACUGAAGCAGGAUAACAGAGAAGCUCAGGACUGGGCAUGUGUUAGAAAAGUGGCAUUCUCUUCAGAGAAGAAUGAGUACUCUCAUCUGCUUGUUUCAGAUUUCUCUGACACAACACCGUCGCUUCCCCCAGAAGAACUACGGCCAUUUAUGGUUGGUCCAGGAAUGGCGCAUGAGAUGCCACCUCCUGAACCAGAAGCUGGGCCUGAGAGACUGCGUGCCCCUCGUGAAGUUGCUGGGCGCAAUCCUGCUCUGGUCUUCCUUGAAUCACUGCUCCCAUGGGUAGACUAUGGUGAUAAUCAUCACGAUGCGAAUGACGAAAACAAUGGCGACUGAUCAGCUGGACGCACCAAGCUGCAUGGACUCACGAAUCACGAUUGCAGCUGGUUGCUUGCCUGUGACUGAUGAUGAUUAAGAAAAGUUGCUGCUAAUCAUUUUGUCGCCGGCCCGACUUUCAAAUAAUCAUCAGAAGCUAGUGUCUUUUAUUUCUCAUGGUAUUGCCACUUGCCAGGGAUUAAAAUUUUGCCGAAAUUUUGAAAAUCUGCUAAUUUCGGUGGGGAAUGAAAUAUCUUAUUUCGAAAUUUUCUUUCACUGACACGUGAGACCCACCGAGUAGAGGACGAAAAAUGAUUGAAAUUUUGAUGAAAUUUUGUGAAUUUUGGUCUUUUCUCCGGUGAACGAAAAAAAUUGUAAAUCAAAAUUGAAAUCCCUGCCACCGCAAGUUUUGACAUGUAUAGCUGAUCCACUAAAUUGAGGAGACGUUACAUUUCAAUUUUGGGUUCGAAACAUGAGUUUAAGUACCAUCCUCGUUCGAGUUUAUGCCAAUUCCGCAACUGAUAUAUAUCAUUUAUGCUGUGGUUUUACUUGA